UAUAAAUACUCUCAAACCAGUUGAUAUUUUCGUCGUCGAUCUCUUCUCUCUCCCUCUAAACAUGCCCGGCUGCAGCAUCAGAGCCCUGUGGAUCCUCAGCAAUCAGGACUCCGUCGUCUUCUCCAGGAGGUUUCCGGUUGUUGAGAAAAGGUGGCGUUUGGCUUGCAAGAGAGAGAACAAGAGCUCUAAUGAUGAGAAUCUAGGCCACGCUGUAUUGCCUUUACUUCCCACAGAUGUGGAGUUGGCUUCUGCAUUUGCUGAGAGGAAGAAAAGAGAUGGUUCUGCUCGUGGUUUUGGCAUACGUGUCACUCAGUCAGCUCAAGGAUCAGACUCCUGGGUUGACGAUCCAAUUACUCAACAUAUUAUUAGCCUUUACAUUGAUAAGGAAGAGGAAGGAGAGAGUUUUUUGUUAUGGCCAUUGGUUCUGCACAUAAAAGGCCUUCAUUACAUUCUAGUCUUACCUUUAGUUGAACCUCAUCACUUAAAAGCAUAUGAAAGAAUGUGCAAAAGAUCUGAUUGUGGAAAUUCAGUUCUACAAGAAGGUCUCUCUUCACUCCUGGUUGAUCUUCCAUGCAUCACAGGGGCGUUUAUGGUGGCACAUGCUGUGGGUGAUGUAAUUACUGGUGAAUUGGUAGAACCGGAGGUGGCUGUAAAUCCAUCUCCUUCGGUUGGAGGAUUGUUGGAUUCUUUAACUGGUAGUAUAGGGAUAUCAAGCAUUUCUGCAAGGGCAAAACCUGUGGCUGCACCUGUUGCAUCUUCUACAACUUCAGGCACUGCUGUGACAGGUGCCAUUAUACCAGAUGCUCCGAAGAGCAUUUUGAGGCCAAUCGACAAGGAUGCACUCCGGACCUUUAUAAGCAGCUCAAUGCCCUUUGGGACGCCUUUGGACCUCAACUAUUCCAACAUCUCUGCAAUCAAGGCAAAUGGGUUUUCUUCUUCAGACUUGCCUCCUGCAGACCUCAAAGACAAGCAGCCUGCAUGGAAGCCGUAUCUCUACAGAGGAAAGCAGCGAAUACUGUUUGCAAUUCACGAAACAGUUUAUGCUGCAAUGUAUGAUCGGGAUGAAAUUCCAGAUGUUAUAUCAAUUUCAGGUCAAGUGAACUGCAGAGCAGAAUUAGAAGGAUUGCCUGAUGUGACAUUCCCUUUGACAGGAUUAAACACAGCUCACAUCGAAGUUUUAUCCUUCCAUCCUUGUGCUCAAGUUCCAGAACAUGGUGGUGACAAGCAAGCUGUGGUGUUUUCACCACCACUUGGAAAUUUUGCCUUAAUGCGGUAUCAGGCCUUUUGUGGUCUUGGUUCUCCAAUAAAAGGCUUCUACCAGCUUUCAAUGGUAUCUGAAGAUGAAGGUGCAUUUCUUUUCAAGCUCCGUCUGAUGGAAAGUUACAAGGCUCCCUUAACUAUGGAGUUCUGUACUGUGACUAUGCCCUUCCCUAGGAGGAGGGUGGUUUUCUUUGAGGGAAAUCCUUCUAUUGGGACAGUUACAACAACCGAACAUGCUGUUGACUGGAAAAUUAUUACUAGUGGGCGAGGUGUUACUGGGAAAAGUAUUGAGGCAACUUUUCCUGGAACGAUUAGGUUCGCCCCAAUGACAAUUCAGAGAUCUCUGUCUAGGUCAGUUCAAGGGAGUAUAGCUGAAGAAGAUAGUGAUAUUGAACCAGAAAAUUCUAAUAAUAUGGUCAACAUAGAGGAAUUCUUGAUGGAGAAAAUGAACAAGGACCUCCCAUCAGUUGAUUUAGAAGAGCCAUUCUGCUGGCAAGCAUAUAAUUAUGCAAAAGUAUCCUUUAAGAUCGUGGGUGGAACGCUCUCAGGAAUGUCAAUCGAUCCAAAAUCUGUGAGCAUUUAUCCUGCUGUUAAAGCACCAGUGGAGUUUUCAAUGCAGGCUUCAUCCGGCGAUUAUAUUUUGUGGAACACUUUGGGGAGAUGCCCCUUUGCUGCCUCGCCAAAAGCGUAGGGACUCUGAUCAGGAAUUUACCAUCAGUCAUUUUCUUUUUAUCAUGUCUGAUGCGAUAUGUAUCUUUCUGAUUGCUCAUCUGUCUGUAAGAGAUGCUUUUGAGGCUUUCUGGGGUUUGGGGGAGAAAUAACUCAUUUGACCAAAAAGAGCCAUUACAUGGUGCUGUCAAA